AUGAGUUAUAUUGGAGCACAUGGUAUAGUUGCACUGCACAGAUACAAGUACAAUGGAGUAGAUCAUUCAUAUCUCGCCAAAUAUGUCUUACAACCCUUCUGGAGUCGCUUCGUUAAAAUCUUUCCCCUUUGGAUGUCUCCGAACAUGAUAACUCUAAUAGGAUUCAUGUUCUUACUCACGUCUGUGAUGCUUGGCGUUAUUUAUUCUCCUCAGUUGGAUUCACCUCCUCCAAGAUGGGUUCAUUUUGCUCAUGGAUUACUACUGUUCUUAUAUCAGACCUUUGAUGCUGUGGACGGGAAGCAAGCAAGACGAACAAAUUCUUCAAGUCCAUUGGGGGAACUUUUUGACCUUGGAUGUGACGCACUUGCUUGUGCCCUUGAGUCAUUGGCUUUUGGAAGCACUGCCAUGUGUGGAAGAGAUACUUUCUGGUUCUGGGUGAUUUCAGCUGUUCCAUUUUAUGGUGCAACAUGGGAACAUUACUUCACAAAUACCCUUAUUCUUCCGGUUGUUAAUGGACCUACCGAGGGUCUUGUGCUGAUAGUCGUAUGUCAUUUCUUCACAGCUAUUGUGGGUGCUGAAUGGUGGGCUCAACAGUUUGGCAAGUCUAUGCCCUUUUUAAACUGGGUUCCAUUUAUUAGUGAAAUCCCAACAUCCAGACUUGUGUUGUUCUUCAUGGUAGCCUUUGCUGUUAUACCAACAAUUUCAUUCAAUGUGCACAAUGUUUCCAAGGUCGUUCAAGCAAGGAAAGGAAGCAUGCUACUGGCCCUGGCAAUGCUUUAUCCUUUUGCUGUACUUCUAGGCGGAGUCCUUGCUUGGGAUUAUUUGUCUCCUUCUGAUAUUAUAAGGAGCUAUCCACAUUUAGUUGUACUUGGAACUGGACUUGCUUUUGGAUUCCUCGUGGGGAGAAUGAUACUGGCUCACCUGUGUGAUGAACCAAAAGGUUUGAAAACCGGAAUGUGCAUGUCACUAUUGUAUAUCCCUUUUGCCAUUGCAAAUGCGCUCACAGCCCGAUUGAAUGAUGGAGUUCCUUUAGUUGAUGAAAGCUUGGUUCUUCUUGGUUACUUCCUAUUCACACUUGUGCUCUAUUUGCACUUUGCCACAUCAGUAAUUCAUGAAAUCACCACAGCCUUAGGAAUUUGUUGCUUCAGGAUAACAAGGAAAGAAGCUUAAAAUCCGUUGAUGUAUUCUUCAUGGUAUUAGUCCUAUCUUCACCCAAUGAUUCUUAAUGUGUACAACUGUGAUCAUUUAUUUUUGCAUCUUUUUUAGAUUUUGAUAUUCUCUCCUCUUCAUUGUUUUUU